GGAGCAGCCCCUGAAUUGGGACACAGCUACAAUGGCGGACGGAGAAGCGGGAAACGGGAGAAGCGGAGAAAAUGAUACUUUUAAAUGGAGCAAGGAGCAUACAGAGAAUUUCAUCAGGCUCAGAACAGAGCAUGAGAACAUGUUCACAGGGGCAAAGAACAGUGCCAGUGUGGCAUGGAGGACUAUUCUGGAGAAAAUGGGCCUGCAGGAGAAGGUGACUACCCCGCAGGCAAAGAAGAAGUGGGACAACCUGAAAAAAAAAUAUAAAGAUUGCAAGAAGUGUCCAGGGUCUUGGCCCUGGUUUGACCUCAUGGAUGAGUUAUUGAGACAGAGGCCUUCUGUGGCCCCCCCUGUGGCCCCCCUUUUCCUAAUUGCCUCCAUCCCUGAGGACACACCGGGGCCAAGUGCAGCGGUGGGUGACCAGGAGGAGGAAGAGGAAGAGGAAGAGGAUGAGAGCCGGCCAAUGCCAGCAGCAGCAGCAGGGAGGAAGAGAAGGAGAGAUAGAGAGGAUGAACUGUUACAUCUACUCAAAGAGGACAUGAGGUUCCAGAGGGAAACAGAAGAGAGGAGAGCGCAGGAGAGCAGGGAAAGGAUGGACAGACUCUUUUCCCUGCUCGAGAGAUUUGUAGAUAAAUAGUUGUUGUAAAUGUAAAUUUUUUUGUUAAUUUGUUAAUCAUACUGUUUACUUUUUACAUGUUAAUUUUGUACAUAGUUUUUAUAUAAGAAUUUUAUUUUUCCAAUUUAAGUUAUUACCUAAUACAUUUAAGAGAAGUUUACUGUGUU